AUGCGUCCUCGAAGUCGGAAUGAAUUUGCGAUCGCGAUCAUCUGCGCGCUGACCCUUGAAGCCGAUGCUGUUGAAGCCGUCUUUGAUGUGACUUACGAUCGCCUAGGAAGAGACUACGGAAAGGAACCAGGAGAUGCAAAUACAUACGUCAAUGGGAGAAUCGGGGGUCACAACGUAGUAUUAUGUUACCUACCGCGAAAAGGAAAAGGAAGCGCUGCGAGCGUUGCCUCAAGCCUCCAGGUCAGCUACCGGAAUAUUCGACUUGCUCUCGUUGUUGGAAUCUGUGGCGGGGCGCCCUCCAUAGGGGAAGAUCAGAUAUAUUUGGGAGACGUGGUGAUUAGCGAUUCAGUGGUCGAGUAUGAUUAUGGCAGGCAGUAUCCAGGGGGCUUUCAGCGGAAGACCAACGUCGAAGAUACGCUUGGAGGACUCGAUCGUCGCCUGGGGACUUUCCUCUCUGGCCUUAAGGCAACUCGCACCAUGGCCGAGUUUGGACGUCGAGUGUCAGAGUGCCUUAAUACACUACAGCAAUCUGAGCCACGAUGGGGCCGUCCAGGUAUCGCUGAUGUUCUUUAUGAGGCUGCCUACCUCCACAGACACUACACAAAUGAUGGCUCUAUCAAGUGCAAUUGCGCAGAAGAAUGUACGUCUGAUAACAUCUGCGAGAUUGCGCUGCAGAAAGAUUGCGACGAGCUCGGUUGCGAGGAUACCCACAUUGUCCGUCGGCGAGCUGCAGGAGAAUCAGUUCCGUCAGUCUAUGUACGCAAGGUUGCCUCGGCAGACACGGUUCUAAAGUCUGGCCAAUACCGCGAUGCAAUAGUUCGCACGGAAAACGUGGCUGCGUUUGAAAUGGAAGGGGCAGGCGUAUGGAACAACUUACCAUGCGUCAUCAUUAAAGGUGUAUGCGACUACUCGGAUAGCCAUAAGAACAAACUAUGGCAAGCAUAUGCCGCGGCAACCGCAGCUUCUGCGACCAAAGUCUUUCUGGAAUACUGGAAGCCGUUGCAGUCGGACGAUGCGGCUACCGCAGGGUACUUUAUGCUCCCAUUCAUGAGAAACCCACGCUUUGUUGGGCGUCAUCAUGAACUGCAAGAGCUUGAAGAAUGGAUUGCGACACCGGACGGACCGAGAAAGCUUGCAAUUACCGGAUUAGGCGGGGUGGGAAAGACGCAGGUGGCUCUUGAGCUGGCAUAUCGAAUGCGAGACCGAGAGCCUAGAUGUUCAAUAUUUUGGAUACCAUGCAUCACCCGAGAAGCAGUUGAGCAAGCGUAUUUGGCCAUCGCAGACACGAUCGGAAUUCAUGCCGACCGGGACUCGGUGAAAGAGCAACUGCAGCGAUACUUUACCGAGACCAAGGAGCAGUGGCUUCUGAUAUUCGACAAUGCAGACGAUAUAGAUAUGUGGACAGACGGGUCAGAGACCCUGCCGGCGUUGCAAGAAUUUCUUCCCCAGAGUAACCAAGGCCAUAUUCUUUUCACUACUCGCAACCGGAAGGCUGCCGUGAAGAUGGCCUCCGCUUCAAAUUAUGUGACGCAUGUAGCUGAGCCCAGCGAGAAUGACGGCUUGGAGAUGCUGAGACGGUCAUUAAUCGAUAAGAAGCUGCUUGACGACCCAGAAGUCUGCAUUACUCUGCUGGAGCAGCUUUGCUUUCUCCCAUUAGCCAUCACGCAAGCCACAGCCUUCAUAAAUGAAAAUAGCAUCGGAUUAUCCGAUUACCUGGAGCUCCUAUCUGAGCAGGAGGCGGCCGUUACCGAGCUUCUGAGCAAAGAGUUCGGUGAUGAAGGACGCUACCAAGAUGUCCAAAACCCAGUCGCGCUAACGUGGCAUAUAUCAUUCAAGCAGAUAUUGGAGAUGGACGCAAUGGCAGCCGACUACCUUUCACUCCUGGCUUGUGUCCACUCACGAGAUAUUCCACAGUCCUUCCUACCUCAACCAAAGUCCAAGACGGCACUUAUUGAGACCCUCGGACUUCUCAAAGCUUAUUCGUUUGUUACCUUGCAGGGAAAUGGGUCAAUUUCAAUGCACCGGUUAGUCUCUUUAGCGAUGAGGAACUGGCUGAAUAUGAGAAACAAGCUUUCUGCCUAUGUCCUGUGGGCGGCUGACCGGUUUGAAGAAAUAUUUCCUGAUCCUGACCAUAUUAACCGGCGGCUAUGGAGGCAGUUCCUGCCCCAUGUUCUGCACUUACUGGAUGAGGCUGCGUUCAAAGAAGCACAAAGCAAAGGACGUUAUUUACUCCUUGUGGACGAUAUAAUGGGAUGCCUGUGGAAAGAAAACAGGCAUCGGGAAGCAGAGCCACUAGCGAGAGACCUCAUGACAUACUAUCAGAAAGCAUACGGAGAUUCUGAUCGAAGAACCUUAUCCUGUAUGAAUGAUCUGGUUUAUUGCUACCUGCACCAAGACAAAAUAUCCCAAGCAGAAGAGGUUGCGCUACAGGCAACCAGCAUCUGUAGAGAGACGCUGGGGCUCGCUGAUAGAACGACUGCGACCUCCAUGAGCUUCUUGGUGCAAGUUUAUGUCCACCAGGGCAAAUACAAAGAAGCCGAGAAGUUGCAGUUAGAGGUCCUCUCAACCAGCGGCGAUGUGGAAAAUUCUCUGAGAGGAAUUUCGAAUCUCGCAUCGAUCUACUCAGAUCUAGGGCGGGCUGAAGAAGCCGCAAAGCUGAGGCAGAAGGUGCUCAAGCUUGAAACAGAAUCGCUUGGUGUGGACCAUCCGGAUACCAUAGCUACUAUGCAUAAUCUGGCACAGACCUACGAAAGUCAGGGUCGUCUGGCUGAAGCAGAAGACCUCGCGGUGCAGGUGCUCAAGACCAACAAGAGGGUCUUGGGGUUGAAGCACCCCAGUACCGCAAGAUCCAUGGCCACCCUUGCAGUAGUAUAUCGCGGCCAGGGGCGACUAGAAGAAGCAGAGGAACUACUAAUAGAGGCAGUGGACAUCAGCCAACACGUCUUCGGCACUACGCAUACGUACACUGUGACUAUGACGUCCGAACUAGCCACAACAUAUUAUCUCCAAGAACGAUGGAGCGAAGCAGAAGAGAUACAGGACCAUGUGCUCAAGCUCCGUAUGGAGAAGCUGGGGCCAAUGCAUCCAGACACGCUGCUGAGCAUGUAUAGACUUGCCCUGACCUGGAGGGCAGCGGGAGCACAGGCUCUAGCGAUUCAAAUGAUGGAGGAGUGCUUUGAGCGGAGUGCAAAAUAUCUGGGACCUGAUCAUCCUGCUACCAUAUGGUCAAAGAAGGAACUUGAUAACUGGGAAGAUCUGGAUAAUGCAGAAGCAGACUCCACUGGGGCAGUAUCGUUAAGCAACAAACCUCGGGGCUUGAGUGGACCCGGAGAUGCAGGUGAGGAAAAGACCUCGCAGCCCGUACGACGCCGAAAGCGGGAGAUUAUAUCACGCUUCAUCUGCUCAAGAUAG